AUGGAAGGCGAAGAAGUUGACCUCGGUAACUUUCCGAGUCCCAAGGAACUCGCUAACCUCGAUGCAGACUACUUACAGAGCAAGUGCAAACUCGGGUACCGAACCAACUACAUUCUCAAGCUUGCCAUGGAGAUAGAGGAGGGGAAGCUCAAGAUUGAUGGAUACGAGGGAGUGCAGGAUGCUGCAUCGUGUAGGAUAUUGAUCAAGGGCAUAAGCGGGGUCGGAUCUUUCGCCCGGGCUAGCGUUUUGAUGUGCCUUGGCUUUUACGAUGAGGUUCCGUGGGAUAGCGAAACAAUCAAGUUUUUAAAACAUGUACAUGCAAGAGAAGGAUGCACCAAGAAGACUAUUAAGAGUGACCUUAAGGAGAUCUAUGAUAAAUAUGCACCCUUCCAAUGUUUGGCCUAUUGGUUUGAGCUUUUGGAAUUUUACGAGAGGCGGUUUGGAAAGCUGAGCGAAUUGUCACACACCAUGUAUCACAAAGUUUCUAGUAGUACACAAAUGAGAGAAUUUAACCACAAUCAUGUUUUGUGA